UUGAAAUCAGACCGAGAUCAAGUUCGCGAUUUCGACGAGUUUGUCUCGCAUCUCAGCCACUUAGUCUUUGCGCAAAUUGGAGUACACGAAUCACCCAUGCGAUCUUUUCGAGCUGUAGUGAGAGGUAUAACGUCAAUUUAGAUUGUACCGAUGUCGAAUCCAACAGCCACACUCACAAGCUUGUGGAUAGAAGGUUUGUACCUUCCGAUUUUCUUUAACACACGUGUUUAUUUUUUUUCGUUGUGAAACGAGUUCCUGCGUUCUUCUCUCCUUAAGCCAGGUUAGAAUUUCUCAAACUCACUUCAGAACUAAUGCAUUGCUUAACAUCGAUUUCAUUGAGAACCUUGUAACUUAAAGAAUGUAUUUUUUCGUCAAUUGUGCCAACUCAUCAGGCUCAAGGAACGCUUUCCUUUAGUUAAAAUAAAUUGUUAUCCUUUUCUGAUGAAAGCUCUUGAAUAUUCAAAUCGCUUGUAGGUCAACCAAGCCCUGUGAAGAGUAACCCAGCUACUCCAGUGAAAGGAGUUGUGAAUCGGGACGCUACAGUGGUUUCAGAAGACUUCUUAAAGUUUUACAAAGAUAGUGGACUUGAACCUUUAGCCCGAGAGGUAGGAAAAAGUUACCCUCAAUCACCUCGUGACUUCGUUACACUUAUGCUAUGGCGAUUAAUAUGGUUCGGUACUCGACGAACAGUAUAAAUCUAAACAUCUUCACAUUUAUCCGCGAUGGCUUCUAACAUCGCAAUUUAUAAUUCAUGAUAUAUUUCUUAAGCUCUUCUUGCAAAUGACACUUCUAGUUCACCCUCAGUUCGCUUUCAGACCGAGAGUCAUUGCAUACGAGAGUUCACUGCAUCACUUUCAAUUUUUGUCUGCGCGAUUUGAGUGAUUUGCAAGCACAACUUUGAGAUCGAGCUUUCGUUUUUCACCAGCAUAGUUCCCCAUCAAAUCGCAGCUCAGACACUAAUCUUUUCUUCUUUUCCUUCUUUAUUUUGACUGUUAGGCUGGCGUGAUAGACAACAACGGAACACUAGACGGACUGAAAGAUUCCACCUCUCAUCCAAGAGUCAAUUGUUAGUUUUGCGAUAUUUGUUUGCUUUUGGAUUUUGGGUUUGAUUUAGGACACCCAAAUGCAAAUACAUUUUUUUUUCGAACAUGUCGCUCACUUAAAAAUAUUCAAGUGAAAUUUCAUCUCGGCUCGGUAGAUCACAUGGUUUCGGAUCUACGACUUGGAUUUUGUGUCUUUGAUUAGAUUAGCACUGAUAAAGCUUGUAUCAUUGGUUCACGCGAUGUUCUGUUUGAGUGGUACUACUUUCUUUGUGGACGAAUUAGUAUGUUGAAUGUCCAGCUAGAAUUCCUGGGCAGAAUAUAUCUUUCUUGUGAUUACAGACCCCUUUGGGAAAAGUAAAAAACUGACUGAAUUUUAUAUAUGACAUAAUUUUGUAGGCUUUAUUGCCCUUUUUUCAUCUGAAGGUUCAUGUUUACUGUUGCAUUGCAAGUGAAAUAAGCUAUUUUGGUUGUCUGGUGCAGUGGGACCUUGAUCAAAACUGAAAUGUGACUUUUUCAGUUUUGUGUUGUAUAGCAUUAAGAUUUCCCUGCAUAUCUGUACAAAAUAUUUCAGUGUGGAAGUUGAGAGAAUCACUUUUAGAGCUAGGGUACUGUAGUCCACUGCAACAUCUAUUCAUAUGUGCAAGGUUAAAUUCAACCCUUAAACUCCCAUGAGUGACCAAGUCAGAAUUUUUCCUUACAAAACCAAUACAAUAUCAAGCAGACAAGUGAUGAGAGCAAAGAAAAAUAUUAAUUAGGGGAUUAUUAGUUGAUCUGAUACCAAAUGCUCUGAACUAACAUCAUAAGAUUUAUAUGGCAGAUAGUAAGGAGAAUUACUAAUGAGAUCUUGAGAGUUAGAGGGUUAACCUGUUCACUCCCAAGAACUAUGUUUCAAUUCAUGACACUGUUUGCAGCACACUAGAUAUAUACUCAGCUCUGAUAAUUUGAAGAAUUCAAAAGUUUCCCCUUUUUCAUUUUAUGACAUUUCUCUGAAAAUCUAUUGAUAAUGUUGGGAAGAAUUCCUUCUGGUUGCUCCAAGGAGUGAAAGGGUGAAAAAUAUGUUUGGCAUCCUGGCCUUAACAAUCUUUGAAUUCAACCAGCACCUGCAAAAAGAAUUGCUCAUAUCCUUAUUUUUAAGGUGACACUCAGUAAGAUGUGCUCUGUACCAUCUGUAAUGAGGUGUUUCUUGUUGUCAUCAUUGCCUGUGUUUUUUCUUCUUUACAAUAUACCUCCUGUGAAAGAUAAGUGAAGACAUUCUUUAAAUUCAGACAGGUAGCUUAGUUGUCCCUUUAACUCCCCUGAUCUGAUUUAUAAUUCUCCCCUCUAGCUGCUACACAUUUUCUUGUAAAUUAGUUGUAAGAAUUUGGUAUUAGAUCCAGACAACAACUUCUGCCUGAUACAUUUGAGUAUUCUCAUUACCUCUUUGCUGGAUAGUUGAUAGAUAUUGUAGAGAGAAGUUCCAGCUGAAUCACUUUUGGAAGUUAAAGGGUUAAAGAACAUAAUGAGAUCAUGAAUGUACUGUUCUUCUUUCAAUAGCUGAUGCAGCAAGACUGGCAAAUAGCCCAAAUGUGAUGCCUGUGACAGCAGCUAAAAUUUCACCUGUUAUUUUACCCAAAACAGCAAAUUCUGCUCCAUCCCCAAUGGUAAGAACGCUUUAUAUUGUGUAUCUUUCUUCAAAGGAUGCAGACUAGUAGAAUUUUGCUAUAAAUUUUCUGCUGUUUUGCAAGAUGGUUGGGUCUAGUGAUUGGCAAGAAGCUCCUGGUCAAGAAACCUGGAUUUAAGCCAUGAUCAGGCUAUUGUGAUGUGGUCCUGGGAAACUCUCACACUACCCCUCUCCCGUUGGGAGCAUUAAGAUGUACCGAUGAAUUAUGUGGAAACCUGAAAAAAUGCCAGAGGGUAGGGUAGGGAGAUGAACAAUACCUCCCACCCACUAAUCUGUUUCAUUUCCAAGAUCUAAACAUAAAUUCUCUGUACUGCCUGCUAUACAUUUCUAAUCAUGUAGUUUAUGAGAAUUUGGUCUUAAAUCAAACAAUAUCCCCUAAAUGAUACUUUUUUCUGUCUUGUCACUUUUUUCCUUGGAAAAACAUUCCUUAGAAUCAGAGAUAAGCUUUGAUUAUAGAGGGAUUUGCCAAUAGGCUUGCAAGAUGUCACUGUCCAUUGUAUGAAUUUCUUCCUGCAGUUGUAAAGAAAGACCACUAAAGUGCUUUUUUUUUUUUUCUGUAGGUAAUAGGUUCUCCUGGGCCACAUCAAGUUAUUACUGUUGGUGGAAGUCCAAGAACACCAACCAUGAUUGCUGCUCCAAUUGUGGCACCGAAUACAACAGCUUCAUGGACGAGGUAAAUGAUACUUGUCAAAGAAAAAAAUGUGAUAGAGCCAAGCUUUUUUCAAGGAAAGAAUCUGGUCAUGUUUGGAACUUUUCCAUCUUGAUUUUUAAAUCCAACAUGUUACUAAUUAUUCAACAGCUCAGGGCAAAUAAAAUAUGAUGUACUUAUUGACUUAAUGGAAGGGCCUGAUGGGAAAAUAUCUGGCUUAAGGUUGUUAUCUUGGAACUGAGCGCUGUAAGGUCCAUAGUCAACCUUUUAAGUCCCAGACCAAAUUUGUCCUUACUGUCACCCAUACAAUUCUUAUAAUGUUAGUUCAGAGAAUUUAGUAUUGGAUCAACUAAUUAUCCCCAAAUUGUUAUUUUUCUUUAUUCUCGUCACUUAUCUGGUUGAUAUUUUAUUGAUAUUGUGAGGAGAAUUCUGUUUUGGUCACUCAUGGGAAUUAAAGGGUUAAUUAAUAUGAACAAGAAACCCACAAAAAAGUACAAGUUACAUGGUCAUUUCUGUUUUAUUUUAAGUCAUUGUUCACAAUUAGAAUUGUUGUUCUUAGUAUAUGCAACAGCUGUGUCACAUGUAGUAUUGGGCCAGCUGCCUAUGCAGUCAUAAUGGUUUUAUUUAGGAUUGUGCCUAACACAACAACAGAAAAAAUUGGCAACUGUGCCCUUACUCCUAAUAUAUAAUAUGGUUGAACUUGAUGUAGUUCUUCAAGAAAAAAAUAGUCAUUGAGUGAUUUUUUCUUAACCCUCCUUAAAUUUUCCUACUUAAAGUUUGUUUGAAAAAAUGCAAUAAAAAUAUGUAUAGGUCACUGUGCUUGUUCAAGAGUUUAAAGAACAUCGUACCUCUUUACCUGGUCCAUGGAUUAAAAUACAAAACUGUGUUCUCCGAAUGCACCCACGCUCAUUCCCCUGAUUACUUGAUUUUUACGCACAAUAUCGGAUGCGCAGUGCAAAAUUGAGGAAUCACCUUAAAGUUAUCUUUGUAGUCAUGUGGUUUAAACAAGUGAUGAUAUGACAAUAACUGGUUUCCUUUCUUUGUAGAGUAAGCACAACUCCAAAUAGUGGAAAGAAAAGGAGAAUGGAUUGUUUGGAGAAUAGUGACCUACUAGAUAGUGCAGAAAGGUUAGAGAUAAAAGAAAGACAGGGUUCUCGUUAAGAGUUGUAGAAUGAUGUGAAGAAUGGGGGCAUUUUCUCUACAUUUGACUGGAAAGUUGCUCAGGGUUUGAAAAUUUUGCCUGUGAAUUUUGGGCAGUAAACUGGUGAACCCUGUGAUCUCCAGUGCUUAAUCAACACUUUAGAAAAUCAUGGACAGGAAUAGCUACACUUCUGAUGCCCUGAUACAGCUUUUAGUUUGGUUAAUUUAGGACGGGAAAAAUCUGCACUAGAUUGAUACUGCAAUCCUGAGUUCAUUUUUAACUCUUGAAAAUUUAGAGACCAUAAGUUUUAAAGACUGAUUUUUUUUUUCAUCAUGAGUUACUGGAGGCAUACUUUGAAUGCAAAAUUUUAUCCCCUCUCAGAAAACGAGGUAAAAGACUACCAAGUGCAGGUCGCUCAGGGGGUGAUAAAAGUGGAAAAGGGUUGAGACAUUUCUCCAUGAAAGUGUGCGAGAAAGUUCAGCAGAAAAGAACAACAUCCUACAAUGAGGUAAUCAUAUUAACACAUUUUACUAAAUAGUGAGCAGAUGUUUGUUAAAAUGGUGUGUAAUAUGCUGUAUGAUAUAACACUAUUUCCUUGAAUAAUCACUUGGCCACUCAUCCACAAUUUCAGCUUAAGGGAGGGGCACUUAUUGGAAGGAGGGUGCUCAAUAGUGGAGAGCGUUUACUAAGAAACUAUUCCAUCAUAGUUUAAGCUUAAAAAAUCAUAAAUAAAGUAGCUAUGGAAACAGGUUUUCCUUGUAUCCCUACUAAGUAACCCUUUAACUCCAAAAAUUGGAAUGUUAAUUCUCUCCCCUAGCUGCUACUUAUUUCCUUGUAAAUUGGUGAGGAGAAUUUGGUGUUCAGUCAAGAUAAUGUCUUGUACCUGAUGAGUUUGAGCAAUCUCACAACUUGUUUGCUGGAUAAUGUAUGGAUACUAUAGGGAGAAGUUACAUGAUAAUCACUUCUGGGAGUGAAAGGGCUUAGAAAGUGGGGGAGGAGAGAAAGGAGAGAAGGGGCAUAUGACCAAGGGUUAUUUUGGGGAUGGGAUGUUGAGUUCUCUUUAACUUAAGAUUAUUGCAAAUUGAUUAAUUAUUAUAUUGAUUAGCAGUUAUUAUGGUGAGUGGCCUUUGAAUUAGAAAUGUCGACUGGUUCCUUUUCAGGUUGCUGAUGAAUUGGUUCAGGAGUUCAGUGAUCCUGACAAACAUCUCUCACCCACGGACCAGGUAUAUUGCUAAUGAUAGCCACAGCAUUUUUGUGAUUAAUUUUUUUUAAUAAAAAGUAGAUAAGCCAGAGAAGUGUGGGAAAUUCACCAUGCCAUUAAAUCUGACAACUUUGAAGUAUUUGAGCAUGUUAACCCUUUGGCUCCUAGCAUCUAAUUUCUCCUUACAAUAUCACCCCUGAAUCAAACAUUAGGUUUAUGAGAAUAAAGAAAAAGAUCGCCCACAAGGGAUGCUCUUGAUUGUUAAACAAUUUCUCCUUGUCAACAAGUAAAGAGUGAUGCAGAUAACACCAUGGAGAAUAUGCAUACUGACAGUGGUAUGUAAAGGGCUAAAGGGACACAAAAUAGGAUGAGAUUCAUGGAAAAGUGGAUGAAUUAUGAUAUUUGAUACAUGUAGGUUUCUGUGGUAGGCCAUGCUAGGAUUAUUGGCCUAUUAACUCUCGUAGAUGCCAAGAUAAUGAUGAUGAUUAUUCAAACUCUUUUCAAGAACAACUCAACCUCUGUCAAAGCAAUCUGAUAGACUCAAUUCAUGUUUGUUUGCCUUCUUUUUUGCUGUCUAUUCUAUCAAGAAAAACAUUGAAUUUAGCUGUUUGUGCUUAUUUUAAGGCUUAUGACCAGAAGAACAUCAGAAGAAGAGUAUACGAUGCAUUGAAUGUGCUGAUGGCAAUGAACAUCAUUUCAAAAGAAAAGAAGGAAAUCAAGUGGGUUGGUUUGCCCACAAACUCUGCACAGGAAUGCCAACAAUUAGAGGUAUGUGUAGAAGAGCUGACCCUUUGUUUAAAACUACACAGUGUAAAUAAUCAGAAGGUUAUUUUGUAAACCUUAGAAGUAGUUCAAGCAAAGUUUUGCUGCAUGGGUAACAAUGCACACUGUAAGGAUUUUUAUCCCGUGAAUUUGACAAAAGUAGGAAGCUUAAAGUUUUUGUGACAAAAUCAUGUGAAAUUUUAAUGAUUUUCUCGUUUGAAGUGGCUGGAAACUAAUUUUCGAGCAUCUAAAAAAGUUGUUGCAAACAUCUCAGAGCUCAACUCAAGCCUUGAUCCUCAAGGUUUUUGAGGGACUGUCGAUUUACUUGUAAAUUACUCCUAAGGCUGGCAGAACACCCCACUGUUAAAUCUUUGAUGUGUAAUCCUUUGUCUUAGCUCACUGAAGGUUCCUAUUCUAUAUACACACACAUUAUAUAUAUAUAUAUAUAUAUAUAUAUAUAUUGCACAAUAGAGAAUCAUCUUAUUGCAAAUGAAAUCAUUAUUUUAGACCCAGUGCGUAAUGUGUUUCAGCUACUGCCUUCAUCAGGGGUCUUUUCAUUUAUUUCAAAAAUGCAUUCAUGUACAUAUACAUACAUAUAUAUAUUUACCCCUAUAUGCUUAAGUUCUUACCAAAAAAUUGUCAUCUCAGGAAGAAAAAAGGGAAAGGCAAGAAAGAAUAAGACAAAAGACAGCUCAAUUACAGGAGCUGAUCCUGCAGGUAAGCCAAUGCAGUAAUGAACAUCCUCUUUGCCUGAUUCAACUUGACUUUCCUCUAGUCAGACUUAUGAAAAUGAAGGAACAAGUAGAAUAAAGAUAAGAUCUUUAUGAUGAGGAAUUUUAGUAAGCUCCCUGUUGAAUUCCAAAAGCAUGUGCUGGAGAAGAAAUGUAAAUUGUUGUGUUUCCUUGACCCUUUCACUCCUACAAGUGACUAGAAUCUAAUUUUCCCCACAAUGUCACUCUUAACCCUUCAACUCCCAAGAUCUGAUUAUUAAUUCUCCCCACUAUCUGCUACACAUUUACUUGUAAAUUGUUUGUGAGAAUUUGGUGUUAGAUCAAGUUAUCAACUUCUACCUGAUAAGCUUGAGUAUUCUCAUUACCUGUUUGCUAAAUGAUGUAGGGAUAUUAUAGGUCGAGUAGUUUUGUGUUGAUCACUUCUUGGAGUUAAAGGGUUAAAUCAAACCCUAAAAGAAAUGAUUGCCAACUGAAGGAACUCCAGACUGAUAAACAAAUUCUCCUUUUCUGGAUUUUCAUAAUGAUGUCUGGGUACAAAAAGCUAAUCCAGAAGUGAUUAACAUAUAACUUCUCUUUACAAUAUCAAUAUUUACCUUGCUGAAAAGGGGUGAGAGUGAAUGAACUUACCAGCUACUAGGUGUUAAGUUGAUGUUACAUUAAAUUCUCUUUACUUAAUUACAAUAAAGGUAUAGCAGUUGGAAGGAAGAAUUUGAUUCCUGUUUGGAAAUAUGGACCUGGUGUUCAUGCUAAUUUCUAUUUAAUGUAAUUUCAGCAAAUUGCUUUUAAGAAUCUUGUACAAAGGAACAAACAAGUGGAAAAGGAUCAGGGUUCACCAGCUGCCAACACAGCUAUCCAUCUGCCUUUUAUCAUUGUGAACACAAGCAAGAAGACUGUCAUUGACUGCAGCAUAUCAAAUGACAAGUAAGAAGAACUAGCUUUGAGUAGUCCUGUUUUGCUAUUGCAUUGGGUGUGGGGCAUGUAGCACAAUGGAACCAGGCAGUGUUUGGGCAUUGGUUGUGUCAGUUGGUUCAGUAUUUCUCACAAUUCAGGAAUAUUUAACAAUUGUUCACUGAGGGUGUGGUAUUAUUAUAUUUGUUUCAUUAUUCAACAGUCUUCACUGAGCCUGGAAUGAAUAAUUGUUUUAGUAUAAUUUUGCACAAGUGCUUUCAAAUUCUGUUGUAACUUGAAAAUUGUAAAUUCUGCUACAAUUGUUUGGAUUACUUGUAUCAAGAUGAGCAGCCAGUUUCCACUAGAAUUUAACAGGUUCAUUAAAUUCCAUCAUCUCUUUCUUUUCAAAAGUGUUAUGCCAAACCUGUAGGCAUCUUUUGUGGCCUUCAGAAUUGUAUUUUUUCUAUCAUGUUUAUCACAACCUGUGUAACAUUGACAAAAUGUGAGACAGCCAUUUUGAAAUUUACUGCCCCUGCUAUAAUCACCUUGUGUUAGGUGAUUAUAGCAAGAUAUCAUGCAAUCCUCAACCAAUCAUAGCAUGUGCAUCUCUACGAUCACUAGAGCAAUCAUACUAAAACUUGGUAACAGCAAACUCAAGGGAGGGGAGGGUAAGGGGGAGGGAGUGACCUGCAACUGAUAAUAUCCCAUUCAUGUAAACAUGCAAUACUUCUACAAAUGUAGUUGCUUGAUGGUGUGGAGACCGUUAGAAAGUUUGGAAGAGUAGACUACUCAGCAAGUGUGGUGGCCUUCCUUCAGUUAAUUUAGUUUGGUUUGAAAUGUAAUGUCCAAGUUGUAGUGAAGUGGUAGCAGUAUGACAUACCUACCAUUAGAAUCUUAAGAUCUUGGUGUAGAUUUUCUCAACAUGCAAAAUUUCUAGAUCUUCCACUGCUAUUCACCUAAACAAUGAUUUCCACUUUUCGGCCACAUGUAUGUAUAACAUUAUCAUCUUUUUCUUGUUUGCUCGUACCCUCUAGAUUUGAGUAUCUGUUCAACUUUGACAACACAUUUGAAAUCCAUGAUGACAUUGAGGUUCUGAAACGAAUGGGUAUGUCAUUCGGUUUGGAAAAGGGACAGUGUGAGGAGGCAAACCUGCGAACCUCAAGAACAAUGGUCCCAAAAGCACUUGAGCCUUAUGUCAUGGGUAAGACUGUGGAAAGGUUUAUAUGUGAAUUUAGAAUGGAACUAUUCUUGGGUUUAUUAUUGUAAUCAUUAUUACUCUUAUCUCUUCGAUCACAGUCUUUGCUGGUGGUCUUUUUGUGCAUCAGCCAGGUGCAAACCAUACACUUAGGGCAUUAGUCACUCAACUCAAUUAUUCUGUUCAUACACUACACACCUUUCUGAGGAUUUGUGCAGAUCCCAGCAUGGAGAUCUUUUGAAUCUCUGUCACAGAAGUUUUUUCUGAUACUUUCUUUAUGUUUUCCACCAUCCCCUUCCUUAUUAUACCAAGCGCACCAACAACCACAAGGAUAACUAUGGUUUUCAUACGCCACAUUCUCUGUAUUUCUAGUUCUAGGUCUUUGUACUUGCUUUUCUUAUCCAUCUCCUUAUUAUUAUUAUUAUCAUUAUCAUUAUUAUUAUUAUUGUUAUUAUUAUUGUUGUUUUAAUACACAAGUACCAUUUCCUGGAAGUUCUUUAAAGUGACCUAGGUCUUGAAAUUGCCAUGGUGAAGGGCACCAUUCUUGGCAAUUUUAGUUUAUAAGUGACUGACCUUUAGCCAAAGAAUAAUUUUAAUUUUUUUUUCUUAAGCCUAGUAAAACCCAAAAUACAAACUCAAGAAAUGGUGUCCAUGGGGAGCAGCAGUUACCUUGACCAUGCCAAGAUCCAAUCAAAUUCAUUACUGUGCCUUCUUGGAUAAAAAAUUUGUAAUAAAAGGACUUAAAAUGCGUUCUUUCUUUUCUAGAUAUGGCAAAAACUGGUCCAGUUGGACUUGCUGGAAUACUUGGCAAUCAUGCAACACCCAAGUAUGUAAUGAUGAUUUAACCUAUUCACUCACAAGAUUAAAGCAUAACUUCUCCUUGCCCUUUCUAAACAUUGCUUUUGAUCUAAGUUCUGAGAAUUUAGUGUCAAAUCAGUGUUCUCUUGGAGAUGAUUUCUUCUUGUCACCUGACUGCUUGACAAUGUGUUAAUACUGUAAGGAGGAAUUAUUUAUUGUUUACACUUUGGGGCAAAAUUGUGUUGCAGACCUGGGGAAAGGCUUUGAUAACCUAUUAUGGACUUUACUGUUAGGAAUUAGCCUAAAACAUGUGGUUUUGAGUGGCAAAGCUACAAGAGCUAAAAAUCUGUUUGACUUUUUUUAAAUUUCAAAGCAAAUCCAUGGGGUCUUCAGCUUCUCCGUUGGUUGCAGCCACUACGCGGAUGUCACCUCUUCCUGCCCCAAAUACACCUUCAUCACCAUUGGCCACCCCUCUGCCUCAAGGACAUGGAACUUCACCUGUACCUACGGCAACCAGCCAUACACGGAAUCGUACCUCAAGAACAUCAUCUAUGGCUAGUGAUAGUGGGCCCUCACACCGAACCGCGUCUCCAUAUUCCUUUCCCUCUUCUCCAGCUUCUGAUGCUUCUUCAGAAUUAUCACAAGAUGGAUUUAUGGACACAGACGACACCAACACACACCACUGA